AUGGGUUUACAACAGCAUGUCAACUUUAGCACUCAUACUGGUGGACACUGUUUGGAUCUAGUCAUUACUGAAGUUGUUCAUGGCAUUAGCGUAGUCAAGUGUGAACAGGGUCCAUAUAUAUCGGAUCACUGCGUUGUGAAAUCAGUAAUUAGUGUAGAAAAAGACAACAUUGUAAGCAAACAUGUUACGUAUAGAAACUGGAAGAAUGUUUGCAGCAACGAAUUUUCCAGUGACUUAUUGAAUAUACCAUUUGAUUCCGUGGACAUUGAUACCUUAGUGUGCACAUUUGAAACAGAAUUACAAAAUAUUGUUGACAAGCAUGCCCCUGUUAAAGAGAAAACUCUAGUUGUCAGGAAACAAAAAGCAUGGUUCAAUGAUAACAUCAUGAAGCUUAAGCGUACCUUACGUAAAGCUGAACGUAUUUGGAGGAAGUACAGACAACAGGACCAAUUUGAAUAUUUUAAACAAAUCAGAAGUUUGUACAGUUAUGAAAUCUGCAAACAGAAGAAAACAGUCAUGGUUGACAAAAUUGAAAACGCAAAAGGAAAUACCAAACACCUGUAUCGUAUAGUGUCCGAACUUACUGGCACCAAAUCUGAAAAUCCAAUGCCCUCUGCCGUGAACGACACAACGUUAGCUGAACAAUUCGCAGAUUUUUUUAUGGACAAAAUUGCCACUAUCAGAAAUGCACUCAAUGACUACCAGUGUUUUGAGCCUAUUCCUAAGGACACCUUGUGUUUCAACAGUUUCCAGGAGCUUUCGCAAACGGACGUUAAGCGAAUUAUAAGUGAACUGAAUACCAAGUCUUGUAGCAUUGACAUCUUACCAACUCAUAUAUUGAAGUCAUUUCUAAACGAACUUUUACCAUGUAUUACGCGAAUUGUCAAUUUAUCACUAGCAGAUGGUGUAUUUCCAUCCAAUUGGAAACAGGCUAUCGUUCGACCACUACUGAAGAAAGCGGGACUCGAGCUUCAUCUAUCUAAUUAUAGACCUGUUAGUAACCUGUCGUUCCUCUCAAAAGUGAUUGAAAAGGCAGCCUUACAUCCGGUUUAA